UUUAUACUUUAAAUUAGACAUUAUAAAGCUCGUUUUGCAAAAAAUAUAUUCAAAUAGUAUUGUAAGCUUGUUGUAUUCAACAUGUUGUACCAAAUUUAUACUUUUUUCUUAAUCUUUUCAAUUACUGCUUUAACAUGCGGGGAACCAAACUUGCCCGCUCCAAAUAAACUAUGUCCAACUUGCGUUAAAUAUACAGGAUCCAUAGAAAUGACAGACUUAUCUAAUAACUUUAAUUUUGUUAUGCUUAAUCAAGGAAUAUUUCCUGAUCAUUCUGUUGUUUACCAAAGAUUUAAAUCAACUCCAGGUAUUCGGGCUUUCUAUUAUAUUCAAGAUCCAUUAAAACCGGUUCCUGAACCUCUUAUCGAUUUAGACCUCUGUAGCAUGCACGAUUUAAGCAAUGGUUUAGAAUCAUUUUAUCAAUUAACAACUAUUUUGGCAUCUUACAUUCUUCCAGUGGGACUACCAUGCAAAGAAGCAAUGGGUAAACGACCAAUGCCUCUAAAAGUAAGUCGGACAUCAUAUUAUUUACUGAGAGAACCAACACCAUGCAAUACAUUUAAUAUAACAGUUGAGAUUGCAACUCUUCAAGCAAAAUUAAAUCCUUAUGUAACAAUGAAUUUUACCGUAACAAAACCAGGGAAAAAAUGUAAAUUAUCGCUACCUAAAUUACCAACAACACCUACAGAACCAACUAAACCUAAAUCACCAAAACCUGCACAACCAGCAAAACCAUCAAUGGGAUAAAUAUCUAAAAAAUAAAAAAUUGUUUAUAAGUAAACAAUAAUAUUUUUUUAAAAUAUAUAUCAUUAUAAGAAUUUCUCCCCAACAAAAAUUGAAAACUGAAUUGUGUAAAAUUUACAGAAACAAUAAAAAUAAAAUCAAAAAAAAAGUUUA